UGGAGAUCAAGUUAUAACUCCUCUUCCUCUUCCUCUUCCACUGGUUUCCUAUUCUUCAUCAUCUUUCUAUUUUCAUCCAUUUUUCAUCCAUUUAACCAUGGCCUCUCCUUAUUUCCUUAUCUUGUUUCUCUUUACCAUCUCUUUUUUCUUCUUAUUUUUUAUUCUUUGCUAUUUACUAAGACCAAAGUUUUGGUGUAAAUGUGAAAUUUGCAACUCUUAUAUUUCAGCUAGUUGGUCUUCUAAAUUCACCAAUUUAUGUGAUUGGUAUACUCAUCUUCUUAAAGAAUCUCCAACUAGAACAAUUCAUAUCCAUGUUCUUGGCAAUACCAUCACCGCGAAUCCUGAAAACGUCGAGUAUAUGCUCAAAACAAGAUUUGAGAAUUUCCCAAAAGGGAAAACUUUUUCUACAAUUUUAGGUGAUUUUCUUGGUAGAGGUAUAUUCAAUGUUGAUGGAGAUUUAUGGAAAUUUCAAAGGAAAAUGACUAGUCUUGAACUUGGACGAAAUUCAAUAAGAUCAUAUGCAUUUGAAGUUAUACAUGAUGAGAUUCAACAAAGGCUUCUCCCAUUAUUAUCUUGUGUAGCUAAAAAAGAUGAGAUUUUGGAUUUACAAGAUGUUUUUAGGAGAUUUUCUUUUGAUAGUAUUUGUAGAUUUUCCUUUGGAUUAGAUCCAAAGUGUUUAGAAUUAUCUUUACCAAUCUCAGAAUUUGCUAUCUCCUUUGAUUUAGCAUCACAAUUAUCAGCUGAAAGAGCAUUGAAUGUGUCCCCAAUUGUUUGGAAGAUUAAAAGAUUUUUGAAUAUAGGGAGUGAAAAGAAGCUGAAAAAAGCCAUCAAAAUGAUCAAUAUACUAGCUCAAGAAGUUAUUAGACAAAGGCGAAAAUUAGGGUUUUCGAAUCAUAAAGAUCUUUUAUCAAGAUUCAUGGGAACUAUAGCCAAUGAAACUUACUUGAGAGAUAUUGUGAUUAGCUUUCUUUUAGCUGGUCGUGACACGGUUGCAUCUGCAUUAACAAGUUUCUUUUGGCUAGUCGCGAGACAUCCACAAGUGUUUGAAAAAAUUAGGGACGAAGCUGAUAAAGUUAUUGGUAAAAACCACGAGAUCACAAAUUGUGAACAAUUGAGAGAGCUUCAUUAUUUACAAGCUGCAGUUUAUGAGAGUAUGAGACUUUUCCCUCCAAUUCAAUUUGAUUCAAAGUUUUGUUUAGAAGAUGAUUUUUUACCUAAUGGGACUUUUGUCAAGAAAGGAACUAGGGUUACUUAUCAUCCUUAUGCUAUGGGAAGAAUGGAGGAAUUAUGGGGUUCUGAUUCUUUAGAAUUCAAGCCAGAAAGAUGGAUUAAUAAAGACGGUGUCUUUUUUCGAGAAAAUCCUUUUAAGUAUCCGGUUUUUCAAGCUGGACUUAGGGUUUGUUUGGGGAAAGAAAUGGCUCUUGUUGAGAUUAAAAGUGUGGCUCUCUCAUUCCUCCGACGGUUUCAUGUCGAAUUAGUUCAUCCAUCACACCACACCCCUCGAUUCUCUCCUGGUCUUACCGCUUCGUUUCGUGGCGGUUUACCAGUGUUUGUAUCAGAAAAUAGUUCUACUACUAAUGCCUGCAGCCUCAAGCAAACUUAAUCUUGAUUAAAACUUGCUUUUGCUUGUUGACAAAUAAGAAGAAGAAGCUGGUCAUUUGGACCAUUCUAUUUGCA